UUCCUCAGCUUACAAUUUUUCAAAAAUAUAUUUGAAUUGUAUAAAUAAUAGAAUGUGCAGCCGUGCAAACAGCGAAAGGGGCUCUGAUAGUAUUUACUACAUAUUUUUACACGUAUUAGAAGGCAUUGGUUUAGUACCUCAAGAUGGCGAACUCGAUUAUACGGAACGCAAACGAGAAAGGGUACACUUGAGAGUAUCACUUAGUGGAGUAAAAUUUGAAGUUGAUGGAUAUAAUAGCGGAUCGACUACACUGUUUAAUAGCAAUUGCAUAUGGGAAUGUGCAUUUAUCGACAUUAAAAAAAUGAAAACAGAGAAUAGACCUAUUAAAAUGGAGGUUUUUCACCGUUCAGAAAAUGGAUCACUCAAACCGAUAGGAACAUUGUUAUUGCCAAUGCGUGUAGUGCCAAUUGUAUCUUCUACGGGAGCAGUACAGCCUACAUUGCAUUGGCAUAAAUUGAGUGCCUUAAAUCCUGAGUGGCGUGUCAGAAAACCUGAAAUAUUUUUGUUGUUGGCUAUCACCAGUAAAACUAAUUUGGAAUCUGAAGUAUUUCAACCAUAUUUGGGGAAGAAAAAAUCAUCUGAUACACUUCCAUUAGAUGUAGCAGAAACAACAAACAUGCUCCAAACACAAAAAAAUAUAUACGUUCAAUUGUUGGAAGAUAAAGGUCUUGUACAAGUUGGAAAUAACAUUGACUUGGAUUUUGAUAUAUAUACAGUGAUGCUAACAUUUAAGCAUAUAAGAAACCUUAAUAAACUACACGAGUUCGAAAGUAAUUUUACAUCUGGUUUUAAUACUUUUAUACUGCAUUAUGUGUUUCUCGGUACCGAAGCAAAUUGUGAAAUCUUUGCGAAAGAGAAUGAUUGCAAUCCAAUAAAUGAAAAGAUUUCAAUGAGCUUUAGAACAUCGAUCAGUAGUUUACGUGCAUAUUUUCAACAUAUAUUUUACAUACCAAUUGAAUUGCACUUAAAUGAUAAUGUAAUAGCUGGACAUAAUUUAAGAUUUACGGGAUUCUUGCCUGAUAACUCUCAUUUUGACACGCAGAAUGAAUGGCAUAUGCAUGGCACAAUUUAUUUCGAUUGUUAUUGUAAGCCAAAUGUUUCUGCUAGUUUAAGGCCUUCAAUAGAUAUAAUGUUUUCAUUAGAGUUACUAUCUUCUAACACAAAAAGUAAUUCAAAUAUAUAUAUAAAUUGUGAAGAUGAAUCUGUAAAUGGAUAUUAUGAACCAUUUGCUUCUUAUGAUAUACCGCAAGGUUCUCAGACUGCGCGUAAUCACAAUAAUAUUAAUCAGUUAAACAUGGACUGUUAUAGAGCACAAUCUGAGCCAACCUUAUCAACUCAAUCGGAUGAGCAUUUACAAAUAAAACCCUCAGUCGAAUCACAACAGUCGUGUGUACAAAGUAAAAGUAAUUUUUAUAUGAAGGAGAAUAAAAGUACCAGCACGAACGAUUUAGUGGAAAAUAUAAAAAUUUCUUCUAUUCUAAUAAAUAAUGAUAUGAAUGAAAAAGAAGGGAUUGCAGCGGACCUUGUUGAAAACCUACACGAAGAAUUGGCAUGCAAAAUUGUGCAAGAAUUAGAAGAAUGGAAAAGUCAACAAAUGGAGAGAUUUUUGAAUGAGUUAGAAAUGAGGGAGCGAGUUUAUAUAAUGAAUAUAGAACGUCAAUGGGAAGAAAGGCGUACCCUCUUACAAGCUAGAUUGGAAGCGAAAAUAAUGAAAUGUGAUGAGCUUAAUCUUAAAUUAGAAAAGGCACAUAUUGAGUUCCAAGCACAUAAAAGCAAACAUCUUGAAACAAAUAAGAUAGUACAAGCUCUUAAACAAGAUAUUGAAAAUAGUUAUUCAACAAAAUUCAAUGUUUUGGAAAAUGAAAUGCAGGAAUUAAAAAAAGAAUUACAAAUUAAAAACAAACGUAUAGAUAUUACUAAUAAUGAAUUGGAAGUAGAAAAUUUAAAGCUCGGAAGAGAAAAUUCUGAACUUAAGCAACGUAUACAACAAGUAGAAAGUCAAUUGGCUGCCACUGCUCAAACAAAUUUGUCAACGGAACAAUAUAAGGAACUUCUUAAUGAAAUGAAAUGUCAAAAUAGUCGUUUUGCAGAAGUGGAAAAAUCAAAAAAUUAUUAUAAGAAUCAAUGGGUGAAGACUACACGAGAAAUGCACAAAAUAAAAUUAAGAUUGAUCAAAAACGAAGAAUUUUUAUUGAAAAAUAAUAAAGGCGGUGAUUAUGCAAUUAACUUGAACAAUAUACUAAGUGAGGAACAAAAAGCACUGAGUUCUGAUAGAAACGAAUUAAACAACGUUAAGGAAAUGCUUUACUUAUCCGAUUCUUCUUCUGAAUGUAAUGAAUACUCACUAGAAUCAAUUUGAUUGAAUUUUAUAUAUGUAAUUUAUUUAUUUUUUAUGUGCACAUAUAAUUUUCUACUGUGAUUAUAGUUUCUAAUGUGAUGAAUUUUA